AUGGAUUUCGCCAUCGAGGUUCCCGGCGCUGCUACGCCGCUCAGCUUCCCGGAGCUCUGCCGUGCCCUGGAGUCGGCCUCCUCCCACGACACCAACCGCCGCCAAUCGGCAACGCAGCAGCUAGAGGCCUGGGAGUCUAGCCCGGACUACUACCCAACCCUCCACGCCGCAUUUCUGGACAAAUCCCUGCCCCGCGAUGUCAGGCUCCUCGCCAUUAUUCAACUCAAGAACGGCAUCAACAAGCGCUGGCGUCAUAGUUUCGAUGCCUCGAAGCCCACCAUCCCACCCGCUGGCAAGCAGGCCAUACGAGAAAGACUCUUCCAGGGCACCAUCGGCGAGGAGGACAGGCAACUAGCCAUGCAAAAUACCCUCGUCGUCGCCAAGCUUGUCCGCAUCGACUACCCCAACGCUUGGUCCGAUCCCUUAACCAAGAUUAUCGCUAUCAUCAGGGCCACCAAGGACGGCAAUCAGGCUGAACUCUCGGGCGCGCUGAAGAUACUCCUUCACAUCGUCAAGGAACUGGGGACGGCACGUUUGCGUAAGUCUCAGACCGCCCUUCAGUAUGUCACGCCGGAGCUUGUCUACCUGCUCGCCGAAAUAUACGACGCCAAGACGUCCGAGUGGAUCGCGUCCCUGUCCCAUGGCGGUGAAGGUGGUGAUCGCGUCCUGCUGGCCAUGGAGAACAGCCACGAGGCGCUCAAGACCCUUCGUCGGCUUCUCCUGCUUGGCUACGAAAAUCCUCACCAGGACGACACCGUCCGGAGGGUUUGGGGCCUGACCCAGAUGCAUUUUGCGCAGUUCCUCGCUUUCGUCGAUAGCGAUGCUCCCAACGUGGCGCCCUAUGCCGACAUAAUCGGCAAGCACCUCCUCAAAUUCGCCAAGCUCCACAUCGAGAUGGCGCGGGAGUAUCCCGCGAGCUUCGCGUCCCUUCCCAACUCGCUCGACCUCGUUCGCGCGUACUGGGACCUGGUUGCAAAGUUCGCCCAGAUAUUCAACAAUUCGAGCGGAAUACGACAAGAAAAUCUCGCCGGCGAGUCCAAGUCUAAGACCGAAGGCCCCCUCGUAGAGAGGCUUGCGCUGCAGGGCCUACUCCUGGUGAGGGCCUGCAUCAAGCUGGUACACCAGCCGAAGCAGACGAUCCGCUACCGUCCUCAGGAUUCCCUCCAGGAGCAGCGAGACGCGAUCGCAACUGUCAAGGCCAACGUAUUCACGGAUGACUUCGUCACGCAGAUGGCAAACGUGAUUAUUAGUCAUUUCUUCGCCUUUCGCCAAGCCGACUUGGAUGCCUGGAACGAAGAACCGCAAGAAUGGGAGCAGCAGGAGGAAACCCAGGGCAAUGCGUACGAGUGGGAGGUGCGCCCUUGCGCGGAAAGACUGUUUUUGGACCUGGUCAUACAUCACAGUGAUCUUCUCGUAGAGCCCCUCUUAUCGUAUUUCUCGCUGGCCCGGGGCCCGCAGGCAGACCUGGCGAUCAAGGAGGCAGUUUACACUGCCAUGGGUCUCGCCGCCCCGAUCGUCUGUGACAAGGUCGACUUCGGCGAGAUGGUGAGGACGACGAUCGCGGCCGACGCGCAGCAAGCCGGGCAAUGGUGCCAGAUUCUCAGGAGAAGGAUCGCCAUCCUUCUCAGCCAAUGGGUGCCAGUGAAAAUGGACAACAAAACCCGCCCUUUGGUGUACGAGAUUUUCCGACACUUUCUGAAUUCCAGAGACGGAUGCAACGAUAUCGUCGUCCGCAUCACGGCCGCAAGGCAAUUGAAAAGCGUCGUCGACGAGAUCGAGUUCCAGGAAGCACUGUUCGUCCCGUUUGCAGCCGAUAUCUUUACCGAGCUCAUCGGCCUACUGCAGCAGGUCGACAUUGACGAGACGAAGCUGGCGAUUCUCGAGACGACGAGAUGCCUCGUACAACGCAUGGACACCCAGGUGCACCACCUCAGCGACAUGGUAAUGGACACGCUACCUGCCAUCUGGCAGUCUGCCGGCGACCAAAAUACCAUGCUGAAGCAGUCGGUCUUGGCUAUCAUGCAAGCAUUGGUGGUCUCGUUGAAGACCGAGUGGCAGCGCUAUCACGUCAGAAUCGUCCCCUUGAUCAUCGAGGCGACGCAGGAAAAUACCGAAAUCUACUUGUACCUGAUCGACGAAGUGUUAGAGUUGUGGCGCAGCGCCCUGACGCAGACUACGCCCCCUUUACCUUCAGACCUUCUCCAUCUCGCCCGCAUCGCCAUCCGGGGGCUCGAGUUGCAGAACGAGCACGUGAGCGAAUACGUGGAGCUCGUAGGCGAUUACAUUGUCCUCGCCCCCGAAGCAUUGCUCGAAGACCAGCUGAGGGAGCCCACUCUAAGCUCCCUCGCUGGCUGUCUUAGAUCGGGAAGUCGUGAUCUCGUCAAGGCCGCGGCGGCGAAUGCAUCGAUCUACUUGCAGCUCUCUCACAAGCUCGGAGGCGUGACCGGGCUGCAAGUUGUCGUCCGGGACAUGAUGAAGACGGGGCUGCUCCCGCAUAUUUUCGAAGUCCUGCAUACGCAUCACGAGGCGUCGAUCGACGGGGACGACCGACGUAUAGUGCAAACCCCCGUUCUGUGUGAUUAUUUCGAGGUGCUUUCUCACAUCGCCGUCCUCGACCCCGGGACCUUUGCUGAGCUGCUCACCUCACUCGAUCCUCCGGAUCGAGUCUGGGAUUGGCUCAGUGCCGAAUGGCUCCUCAUAGCGACAAGAUACACAGCAGACAUUUCGAACAAGCUGACUCUCUUGGCCCUUACACGCCUCCUCGAGCCCCAAGUCAUGCAGGACCUCGUUCUGCAAAAGAUGCGCGAAUAUUUCAAGAUGUGGGUGUUCGUCAUGUCGGAAAUCCUCGACAACGAUGACCAUCCUGGAAGUGACCUGCUAGUGUAUGCAGGGGAACCGGAACGGCAAGACUGGGACACGGUCAAAGACGAGAGGCUCAAAAUACUCGAGUGGUACAGCCCGGCGAGGACUACCCAGAGCCUCGCGUUCGUUCGGGAAAGGCUACAGGGUCUCGUACAACGGGUUGGGGGAGAGGAAGUGUUCCGCGCGAACUGGGGUGCUAGGAUCGGGGACGACUGGGAUAAAUUCCAACAACUGGAUGUCCAUUGGAGGCAGCGAACUACGGGUGGCGGUUCAUGA